AUGAAUAACAUAUUUAAUCUUCCACCAGAGUUAAUUAAAGUAUCAUUAUCUAAUUUAUCUUCGCAAGAUUUAAAUGAUUUAUUUGAUUUAAAUAAUUUAUUCCAUCCAAUAACUGAACAUAAUGAUGCAUAUUUAUCAAUAAGAUAUAUAGCUUAUAAUGAAUAUAUAUCAAGAACUAACUUAUACCUUUCCAAUAUCCAUAAACCUAAUGAUCCUAAUUACUUAUCAAUUAAUCAAAUCAGAUAUUUCAUUAAUCAUAAUAUCAUUAUACAUCCUAAGUCAAUAACUAUUAAUGUUAUAGAUGAUUAUGAAACAAGGAAUCAAUUUAUAAAACAACUUUUCCAAUACAAGAUUAUUGAUUAUGUUAACAUAUUCACUACAAGAGUCAAUUUAAAUCUUGAACUCUUUGAUGAUAAAGAUUAUAUCAUUCAACAAUUAUUUGAUUAUAUUGUGAGGAUUCAAUGUCAAUUAAAUUUAUUUUCAUUUAAAUAUGUUGGACAACAAAUAAGUAGUCAUCCAUAUGAUUUAUCAAUUAUUGGACUUUUACAAUUAAGAUUUAGACAUAUUGAAAUGUUAUCAAAUCAUAUUAAUUCAUAUGAUACAAUGUUAACAUCUUUAGAUUUAUCAUUUAAUGGAAUUAGUGAUUUAGGAAUUAUAUCUAAAUUUCCUGAAAGUUUAACUUAUUUAAAUUUAUCAAAUAAUAACAUAACUUCAUUAAUGAAUCAUAAUUUCAAUUGGAAAUCUUUAAUAAAUUUACAAAUACUUGAUUUAUCAAAUAAUAAUAUUGUUUAUAUUGAUUUAUCAGAUUCAAGAAAUAUUCAGACUUACAACUUAAAGGAAUUAAAUUUAUCAAGUAAUAAUCUAACUACAAUUCCAAAAUUAUCAACUUCACCCUUGUGUAAAUCAUUAGAGAAUCUUGAUUUAUCAAGAAAUUUAUUCUCAAAAUUAUUAUAUUCAUUUCCAUCUGGAUUAGUUAAAUUAAAUUUAAAGGGAAAUUAUUUUUAUGAUUUUUAUCAACAAAUUAAUGGAAGAAUUUUCCCAAAAUCGUUGGAAUAUUUGGAUUUAUCUUAUUGUCAUAUUCCAAUUAUACCAUCAACAACCACAACAACAACUAAUGAAUCUGAAUUUAAACAAGAAAUUUAUAAUAAAUUAAUUAGUAUUGAAAAAUUACAAAAAUUACAAUGGCUUCAAAUUGAUACGUAG